CCUUUCUUGGUGCACCAUCUUUUUCGAUAGAAGGCUGAAAAGGAUAAAAGCCCCGGCUAAACAUGCUCAGAACUCAAUUUGAAAUCUUCAUUUGAAUUGAGGAGUACUCAAUAUGGCAGGAGUUGUUCUGUCAAGUGGGGACUCUUCCACAUGUGCAUCCGUCAUGGAGAACAUUGGAUCGAAUACCCAGCGUGUUUUGUCAGAAGACGAAGAAAACAAGUUGAAGAAACAGGAUCAGACUCUAGUUUCUGAAUUUAAAAGUAUGAAGCUGGAAGCUGAAGCCAAGAGAAAUUGGGAUCUAUUCUACAAAAGAAAUGAUACAAGGUUUUUCCGAGACAGACACUGGACAACUCGGGAGUUCGAGCAAUUGCUUGGAAUUGAAGGCGAGGGAAAGAAAAUUUUAUUGGAAGUAGGUUGUGGAGUUGGAAACUUCCUAUUUCCGUUGUUGGAGGAAAAUGAAGACCUUUUCAUCUACGGAUGCGAUUUUUCACCUCGAGCUGUUGAUUUUGUCAAGCGUGAUUCCAGGUUUAAUCCAGAGAGGAUGAAUGUGUUCGUCAGUGAUAUAACCGAAGACAGUUUGAAGGAUUUUGUUCCUGAACCUGUUGAUGUAGUCAGCCUCAUCUUUGUCCUGUCAGCUAUACAUCCAGACAAAUUCCUUCCGGCGCUUUUCUCAGUUGCUUCGGUCCUUCGUCCUGGAGGUGCCCUAAUAUUUCGAGAUUAUGGCCUUUAUGACAUGGCUCAGCUUCGAUUUGGGAGGGGGAAUAAAAUAAGUGAAAACUUCUAUGUUAGGCAGGAUGGUACCAGGUCUUAUUUUUUCUCUGUGGAAUGUUUGAACCAGUUGGCGAUGGAGGCUGGAUUUGAUGUUUUCACCUGCCACUAUGUAAAUAGGAGGACCAUCAAUAAAAAAGAAGGGGUAGAUGAACCCCGUGUGUUUAUCCAGGGGAAAUUCAUAAAAAAAUGAGGUCUGACUGCUGCAGUGUUUCAUUCAAUAUUUGCAAUUUUGAGGUCAUCUGAAUAUAAGGAAGAUAUUGCGUUCUGAUUUAAUUCUUGCUAAGACUCGUUUUGGAGAUGCUUCACUGUUAUAACAACGUCUUUUUCUUGUUAGGUUCGGCGAUUUUGGAGUGGUGUUUCGUCUUCCAGAGUAAAUAUUUAUCCCUUUCUCGCGUUACGCGGUGUUGUUAAAUGAUGAUUAUUAUAAUCAUCUGAAAACAAAGGAAGAAUAUAAAUAAUUUGCCGAUCUGAGGCACAGAAAUACUUCCGUUGUUUGUGCUGUUUUUAAUGUGGUGAUGUAACCUACUGUCUUAUUGCAGGUGAUGUCUUCACAGGGGAGUUCCGUAUGAUUACUAUGCAAGGUAAACAUUAUUCACGCAAAAAAAAACUUUGUCUCUAAAUGAUGGAUUCUAUAUUUGCUACUCUUGACUGUUUGAAUGACGACAGCCUUGACCACCAAUCACUUUCUGAUUUUUACAGUUUUAUAGUUUUAUGACUUCAUUGUAUUUUUUAUUUUUACUGACAAAUUGUCUUUUCUUCAACAGAUGUAGCGGAAUUUAUACUAUAUGAGGAGUUGGAAUUUUGGUCAAUAAAAUAAUUUCAAAAUUGA